AUGUCGACAUUAACGCUCCAUUCCCUUCACAACCAGUGGCUAUUCUCAGUUCACUUUGAUAUCUAUGCAUUUGAUUCGCCUGCACAAACAGAAAAAAUGAAAAUGCACCGCAUCCUUGAAGGAGGCAUACAACCGAAUCAACGAUGUUGGGGUAGUGGUAGAAGUAGCAGAGUCAAGAGUAUGAAAGCAGUCACGCUCAAUUCCCGCAGCAUUUCCUGA